AUCGGCGGGAUCCGUUUCCUGUACGACAACCUGGUGGAGUCGGUGGAGCGCUUCGGGUCGGGCGGCGGCCUCGGCUGCGUCCUGGCCCACAGCAUGGGCCUGGGCAAGACGCUGCAGGUCAUCUCCUUCAUCGACGUGCUGCUCAGACACACACCCGCCCACACCGUGCUGGCCAUCGUCCCCGUUAACACACUACAGAACUGGCUGUCUGAGUUCAACAUGUGGGUCCCGCCCCCCGAGGCGUUGCCCCCGGAUUCCGACCCCUCCCUCCUGACCCCUCGUGCCUUCAAGGUCCACAUCCUGAACGAUGAGCACAAGACGAUGGCGGCCCGGGCCAAGGUGGUGGGGGAGUGGGCGAGCGAGGGCGGUGUGUUGCUCAUGGGCUACGAGGCGUACCGUCUGCUGUCCCUGAGGAAGGGCCUGGUGGCCGCGAGGAAGAGGAAGGGCAAGAAGGGAGGAGGAGCAGCGAGGCUCGUGGACCUGGACGAGGAGGACCGACAGCAGGAGCUGAUGAGAGGUGUGGAGCAGGCGUUGUCCUGGCCCGGCCCGGACGUGGUGGUCUGUGACGAGGGCCACCGGAUUAAGAACUGCCACGCCAGCACCUCCCAGGCGCUGAAGAACAUCCGCACCCGGCGGCGGGUGGUCCUGACCGGCUACCCGCUGCAGAACAACCUCAUCGAGUACUGGUGCAUGGUGGACUUCGUCAGGCCCGACUUCCUGGGCACACGCCAGGAGUUUAGCAACAUGUUUGAGCGUCCGAUUCUUAACGGGCAGUGUGUGGACAGCACGGCCCAGGACCUGCAGCUGAUGAGAUACAGGAGCCAUGUUCUACACAGCCUACUGGCGGGCUUUGUACAGAGACGUGGCCACGACGUCCUGAGGGACCAACUGCCGUCCAAGGAGGAGCAUGUGAUCCUGGUUCGGCUGUCCCCCCUGCAGAGGGUGCUGUACACCGAGUUCAUGAACCGCUUCACGGAGGCCGGCAACUCGGGCUGGCUCAGCCUCAACCCCCUCAAGGCCUUCAGCGUCUGCUGCAAGAUCUGGAACCAUCCGGAUAUUCUUUAUGAGGCCUUGAAGAAGGAGAACCCCGCCAACGAACAAGACCUGGACAUGGACGACAUCGCCUCCGCCCGCUGCCACAACCCAGCCAAUCCCAAGGGCAGGCCCACGGAGAACCCCAUCCCCAUUGGAGGGCUGAGUCUCACCCAGCUGCAGGAGAAGGCCAAUCAGGUUAUCACUUAUGAAUGGGCGAAGGAGCUGAUGGCCGACUACGUUCCCGGGCUGCUGGAGAACUCGGCCAAGAUGCUGCUCCUCUUCCACCUGAUCGAGGAGAGCGUCAGGAAGGGGGACAAGAUGCUUGUCUUCAGUCAGAGUUUGUCGACACUCACGGUGAUUGAGGACUUCCUGGCCAAGAGACCAGUCCCCCCCUCCUCAAAAUCCUCAGGAUCGGAGGGAACAAAUCAGAACUGGGUCCGCAACCUCAACUACUACAGGCUGGAUGGUAGCACCACUGCAUCAGAGAGGGAGCGGUUGAUUAACCAGUUCAAUGAGCCUUCAAACACUUCAGCCUGGGUCUUCCUGCUCUCCACAAGAGCGGGCUGUCUGGGGGUGAACCUGAUCGGGGCCAACCGCGUGGUGGUGUUCGACGCCUCGUGGAACCCGUGCCACGACGCCCAGGCUGUGUGCCGCGUGUACCGCUACGGCCAGCGCAAGCCCUGCCACAUCUACCGGCUGGUGUGCGACUACACCCUGGAGAGGAAGAUCUACGACCGGCAGAUCUCCAAGCAGAGCAUGUCUGACCGGGUGGUGGACGACCUGAACCCCGUGCUGAACUUCACCCGGAGGGAGGUGGAGUCGCUUCUCCACUUUGUGGGGGAGGAGCCUGAGCCGGCCCGCCUCCAGCUGCAGCCGCGGGACGCCAUGGAGGACGUGCUCCGCAAGGUCCUGCACAUCUACCCCCACCUCAUCACCAAGCACCCAUUCCCCCAUGAGUCCCUCCUGAUGGACCGCAGGGAGACGAAGCUGAGCGCGGCGGAGAAGAAGGCCGCCAGGAAGGGCUAUGAGGAGGAGAAGCGUUCCUCCGUGCCCUACACCCGGCCCUCCUACGCCCACUACUACCCCGCCAGCGACCAGAGCCUCGCUAACAUACCGGCCUUCAGCCAGAGGAACUGGCGCCCCCCGCCCCGCAUGGAGGAGAAACCCGUGGCUAACGUGCAGACGGUCCAGUCGACUCCAACUCCCACAAUGCCUUGCCAGGCGCCGGCUGACACCACAGCCAGCGACCCGUCUGAGGGCAGCCUGGGGGGCUUCCCCAUCAACUACCUACACAAGGCCGGGGUGUUUGUGCAGAAGAUCGUCACCACCACUGACAUUGUCAUUCCUGGAACCAACAGCUCUGCAAAUGUCCAGGCUCGGAUCGGUGCCGGGGAGAGCAUUCACGUGAUCAGGGGCACCAAAGGUGCAUACAUCCGUACCGGCGAUGGUCGCAUCUAUGCCAUCAGGGCUGCCAACAAGCUCAAGGGCGCUGAAGACCUCUCUACAUCCCAAGAUGCCCGAAAGCCAGCAGAAGAAGUAUCGAACAAUGGCGGUAAUGUGGAAGUCCCCCCGGUCUCGCCCGACGGCCAGGAUAUCAUCAGUGAGCUGCAGCGCUACGCGGUUGGCCCAGGGCUCCGUGCUAACGAACCAGCUGUAGGCACCACAGGCCCCCAGGAGAUGGCGCCAGACUCUGUCUCGUCCACUAGCACCAACCUUGCUAGCGCCAAAGAAGCUAAAACCAACGACAACAAUGGCGUCCUUGCCACGACCAAGGUUAGCAUGCUUAACCAUCACUCGAAUGCCUCCUUGGCUAAUGCACAGCCUAGCAUGGAUGCCUUUACGGGUCAAGACCUCAGAACAAGCAGCAAACGCAAGACCACAACCCCGCCGCUGGAUAAGCGAGCCAGCCAGCUGCCCGUCCCAGACAAGCAUUCUUCAGCCUCGCUGGCUCCCCAAGGUUUCCCUGUCUCAGGAGGCUAUGGGAUCCCUCCACUAAGCCUCAACCCAACCAUGCUAAGUGGGUCCAUGGGCCACCCGUUCCUCAUGGGGACAAACUCCCCCUUUCCCCCUCCCUACUUUCAGCAUCUCCUCGGACAAAUGGGGGAACCCUGCAUGAUGUACCCUGAGAAGUUUGGUUCAGGCAGUGCCGGGACAGUGCCGUGUUCCUCUGCCUUAUCCACUCCCUGCUCUGACAGCGUCUUCUGCACCUCAUCGUCAGUGUCCUCUUCGCCGUCAGUGGAGAUGGACACUUCUAGUGUAAGCGCCUUGCCUCCGUUCAUGAUGAACCCCAGCGUGGCUGGCAUGGCGGGGCUGCUCCCUCCAGGCUACCCCUUGUCCUACACCCAGUCCCUGGCCAGCCUUUACCCAGGAGCGAUGCACCCCGAUGGGCUCCCCGGCUCAGCUGCCACCCCUGGCCCGGCCGGAUCCAGCUUUCUCUCCAAGUACCCUCCCGGCAGUGCCUCAAGCUCUUCCUCAUCUUCCCCGUCCCCCUCCUCUCCCUCCGCCCAUUUCAGCAGCCGUCGGGGCACAGUGCUGGUUAAGAAUGGCGGGAAUCUUAGUGCCACGGGUAGCUCCGAAGACGAUGAUGAUAAUGAUGUCAUCGAGGUGAUUGGACAGUGACAUGUGUCACGUGACAUUGGUCUUUAAACAUUUUGCGGUUGAUUUGAAGCCCUUAUAAAAUAGGAGGGAACUUCCUAUAUGCUUUUAGCAAGGCAUCACGGGGUUGGCAGCUGAAAUUGCUCCUUCACAAGGAGAAUGACAGCUGCUCUUCGAGGGCUGUGAACUAAAAAUGACUAUCUGGCCACAAUGCUGAUUAUCACAACAAAAGGAAAAUCGAAACCUGAAGAUGGAAUGGAUCACUGCAGAGAUGGAAAAAUCGGGACACACUAUCACUGGACUGACUACGGAGUGUUGGCCUGUAGUGCCCAUAAAUGGCCACUAGAUGUGCUGCUAAGCUUAGAAGUAUCUGAGUCUAUGAAGACAGUAGUGCUGAUGGUGCGGUAAAUGACUCUAUAAGAUAACUGAUGUAAUGAUUUGUUAAAAAACCUUUAACAGUUCUGUGGUUAGCCUGUAGUUAUGUCCGUUUAGUGGUGAUAUAUCUAUAACACAUGGUGUCAUGGUUUUGUUUGGUGACCGUCAAGUGUAGAUUCUCAGUAUUUCUUUGACCUUAACGCAGUUUGAAAAAACGAAGUACAUUUUGAAUGGCAUUCGAUUGCAUAUAUGAAUGCACUGCCACGACAGGCAUAUUGUUGUGUUAUUUGUGGGCAGAGGGUGGCCAAGAUGUUUAGCGACAACCGUUAAAAGGGCUUUGUGCUAAGCUAAGGGUUCCAUGUAGCCUUCCUUAAAACUCUUCAAUUACGAAUGUAAACCUAUUUAAUCGCCUUUAAGCCCGGUCUUUUAAAACACACCCUCUAUUAUGGCGUCAGACGUUGCAAAGAUCCGAUUAUUUUUCGUUUCCCUUUAUUUUGUAUAUUUAUAAAAUCUUUUUUUACAAUUUAUUUUUCAAAAAAAAGUAAAUGUUAUUGCCGAAUGAUGAUUACGAAAGCCAGGUCACCGUGAAGUCGGACGGAGUAUCUGUGCGGCUACGUCCUUUAUAGCAGAGGCAUCAGCCAACAAAACAAUGCCUUGACCUCUGCCUCGAUCAUUCUGAAUGUCAACUGUGAGGAUGUGGAGGCCUGGGGAGACACAUAGUGAGGCCCAAUCCCAUUUCUACCCCUUACCCCUUCCCCUUUCCCCUCCCCCUUGUUUUGAAGGGGUAGAAAAAGGAUUGGGCCUAAAUCUCACCCGUGAUUUUGCUGUAGCCAGCACCGAUAAUGAUGCAUAACACACGGAAGCCUCAAGUCAUCAAUUCAUACCCCAAAUAAAUCCAGAAUUUGCAUCCCUUCACCCAAACAUGCUCUAUGUGACAGUGUGGCAUGUUUUUAAUGUUCUAAAGCGAGAAAAAGAUACUUGUGUGUUACUGUACAUCAUCUACUCAUUCAGGUAUCUGUUAAUAGUCAAGUGUAGUCAGUCUGUGCGUUUUGUUUUGUUUUUCUUGUUUUGUACUUUUUGAUUUCCUUGCUCAUCUCAUCAUUUGUGAAAAUCAAACCAAAAUUGUUAUAUUCAAGGAAGUAGUCAUACCGAAAAAAAACUAAAUUCAUCUGAAUGCGCCUAAGAAGAUGCAUGUAACUCUGCAGACCAAGUAACCAUUUUAUUAACAGAAUACAGGCGCCAACCAUCUCUGAUCACAGGGGAGCUAAAGAAGUCGCUUGUAAAUAUAUAUAUUUUUUAAUUAGGUCACGUAUGUGACUUAUUAGUCACGCAUGUAUGUAUUCCUGUGCACCUUCAUGUUAUACUGUUUACGCUGCAUUAUGUAUAUGUUUUAUGUUGUAGAGUGGGUUAUGGUGGCAGUUGUGAUGUUACUGGGAGUAAGUAGAGGUACAAGCAUAUCUAGUUACUACAACGGUGAACUUACUUGGGGAAAACUGCAAGAACCCUGGUUCAUUAUGGGUCCUCCCCCAUGCCCCAUACAUCUGUUUCUUUUUCCUGAAAGCGUAAAUAUGUUGGUGCAGAAAAACGAAACAUUUCCUGUUUUCCUUCUCUUUAUUUCAUUUAGAGUUCAUGAGAUAUGUACUGAAAUGUGAGUUUACCUUUUUUCCCCAAUGUCUGAAUUUACCAAAUGUAUUUAUUUGUGGCAGUCUUGCUGUAUCAUGAUUAGUGCAUAUUUAUUCAUUCGUUUUUUUGUAUUUUUGUACUUUGUUUCUCGUCUUUGCUAUUGCUGCGGGUGAUGCUUUGGAUAUUUCUCGUUGGCGUUAUUUGCAUGUGUGACAAGCUCGCGGACCUACCCUUUUCUCAAAACCUCAGAUAACAGAAUGUAAACUCAUUCACUCAUUAGCAUCUUUAACGUUUGACAGUUAAAUAUAACCUUCUUUGAACAUGUGGGUUGGGUGCCAUUUAGAUUCUUAUUAAUCUGGUGAGGGUAGUGAAAUUUUAUUAUGCCGGAUGACAGAAUAACACUGCUAUUAGUAUCAUAAUCUUUUGUCUUCACAGAUUUUCUUCCAUUCUGAUAUAAGCAAGGGAAAAUUUACUCUGACUGGGUAUGUUAAAGCAAAAAAGAUUUAUCAACAACUUACAAGAAUACUCUUUCACUCAUCAACUGCAUGUGAACAAAUUAAAUAUCAUCACGGCAAACAAACUUGCUUAAUAAACCGAAACUUAAGAUCAUCCUGUUAUGAUUUCCGUAUUAAAUUUCCCUGUCUCUCCCUGAAUGUGGGCCUUAUUCUCUUUGCUGAAGGAUAAAGCUCCAGCCUACUCAACUAAAUACGAUACACAUGGAGGUUUCUCAGUGAGAGGAACCACUGUGUGGUUGCCAGCUCAGUGGUUACGGAACCAACAACACGUUAUUUUUCUCACAGCUUUUUACUUGAAUUUUACGUAUUUAUUUAUAUUAAUCCGUUCAGCGGAGGAAACUACUGCAGCUGUCUUAAUUCCAUUUUAAGAUGGGGAUGGUAGAAGUCGCUCUGUGUGAAGGCUGCUAUAGCAUGUUCAUGAUCAGUCGAGAUAUGGAUGUGUAUGACAUCGAAUAGGUUUUGUAAAUAAAAGGAAAUAUGUUCUGAAUUAUA